UUCUUUGGAAUAGAAUGUCCGAGUCGUGGCAGGGAUCACCAAUCAGGAGCUUAUGGCAGCCGCGGGCUUGGAACCAGCUAAGCGCCCACGGCUCUGUUUGUUUCUAUUGGUGCCGAGGCAUGGGUCGCUCUUGGCUGGUAUUUGAGUCCGAGAAUUCGCAUGCCUGCUAUUCUCGUCGAUUCAAUAGUUGUGCAGCCAUUCACCACGAAGACUGAUCGCCAUGUUACCCUCACCUGAUUCGUCUCCGUCUCGCGUACUUUACGAGUCUACAAACUCUUUAUUUCGUUCGCCAGUGAAGAACGUGCCAAUAUCCCCCCAGGGUUCUGGUCGAACACGGAAGCGUCGACGCGUCGGGGCCAAUCUUGGCUCCGAACCUAUUACGCCAACGAAGGCAUGCGAUGGGCAUCUUGCAACACCCGAUCAAACACGUAUAGUCGAUGGGAUCUCAUUAAGUCCUCCCCGGACACGACUUUCGCUCUAUGUCUCGAGAACGACGCGCCGCCUGCCAAUACCGCGUCAGAAUAGCCACUUCACAAUUUCUCUCGCACGGCGGUACAAUCCAUAUGCAUUAUCUCUCCGCCCAAUCCUACAAUCUCUCGUUUCAUCGAGCCAGAGUGAUAUGUACCGCGUACAUGCAUCAGAGGACUCAGAUCAAACAUAUCGUACCCCCUUUGUUUCGUCCUUUAGCCAUGCUGCCAAGCGCGGUCAGGGUCACUUGUUAGCCGUCGGUAUGCAAGAAGGCACGCUUGAAAUUAUUGACGCGAAACCCAGGCAACCUUGGGAAUAUGCUCCCCAAAGCAUCACGAUACCUGUCCAUGCAAAUUCUAUCUUUGAUGCAAGGUGGAACGAAGAUGACACGCGUAUUGUCACGUCCUCUGGAGACCGUACGUCUUGCAUCGUCGAUGUGGCAACACACAGAAACAUUGGGGUGCUGAGUGCUCAUUCCCUCACUGUCAAGUGCACAUUGUGGAAUCCCUUGAACCCCAACCUACUAGCGUCUUCGUCACGAGACGGGAAUAUUCACUUUUGGGACCUGCGGACCACGCCGCUGAAUGAUGAUCAGUCGUACGCUCCUGUAUUCUCCAUACACGGCGCCCAUCAGGAUCCCUGCAAAGGUAUAGCUCUUAAGGGAAAGGGAAGAACAAAACAGACAGCUCCCGUACGCUCGGUCACAUCCAUCAAUUAUCUCCCAAACAGGCAGCACUUAGUGAUGUCGAGUGGAAGUGCUGACGGAAUCUUAAAAAUAUGGGAUGCCCGUUUCAUGGGAGAUUUCAGAACUUCGCCAUCACGGGGGUCGAAACCGACCACCGAUGUGGAUUUAAGUCUUUUUGACCUAACGUAUGAUGCGACCAUUCUAAAGCCGGAUUCACAUGGCGAUCUCGUGUCCAAUCUGGGUCCAGGCUCCAGGGCAAGGGGAAUCUCCUCAGUUGCCGUCGAUCCUAUCAGUGGGGACUCUGUGUGGGCGUUGAGCCGAAAUGGAAGCAUUUAUUCGUACCGUUUAGGACAGUUAUUUGAUGCCUCUUCUGCUCCUAAGGAUAUUCCUCUCCCUGUCACGCACCCUUGCUUGGAGGUUGACUCCUUUUAUCCUCGGCUGGCGUUGUCCCCGUGUGGAGCAUUCUUGGCCGUGGGAAGCUCGAAUGGUCGAUUGGUGCUGUGGGAUACAAAGAGCUUACUUAGUCUUGGAAUCAAUGCAAAAGAAGAAGCUGUGAUUCUUGAGGCGCAUACAGCGGAAGUUUCGAGUGUCGAUUGGAGUCAAGAUGAGCUUCUAACAUCGAGCGAUGAUUGCACAGUACGAGUCUGGAGGAAGGAUCCAGGCCGCGCCCGAGAACUCCGUGAUUAUGAGCCCGGGUGCGGGCUGUGAAACCAGUGUGAACAAUGCAUGUUCCAGUGGCUUUCUGCCUUGCGCAUCGGUUUCCAAGUCUGCAAUUGGCGACGAGUAAUUCGCAUGUGCCCGAGAACCGUCAGCU